AUGGCCAUGAGAUCAACGACGGCUGCUUUUGCUGCGGUAGCAGCAGCAGCUCCCCGUGGCGCUUUGCUGCGGCUAUUUUCAACAACUUCCAGUUUAUCCCCCUCCUUCCCUUUUCCUCAGACAACAGAGCAAACUCCUGCCCGUGAACAGGGUGAGCCCAAUACCAAUCUCUUUGUCUCUGGGCUAAGUAAAAGAACAACAUCAGAGGGACUACAAGCGGCCUUUUCUAAAUUUGGUGAAGUGGUUCACGCUAGAGUUGUAACUGACAGGGUCUCAGGUUAUUCUAAGGGGUUUGGUUUUGUUAGAUAUGCUACCUUAGCAGAUGCUGCAGAAGGAAUAAAAGGCAUGGAUGGACAGUUUCUGGAUGGAUGGGUUAUAUUUGCAGAGUAUUCUAAACCCAAACAAUCUCCCUCUCAGCCUCAGAACAACACGGGUCCUGGAUAUGGAAACUACGGAAGUCCUGAUCGCCGCUGGCAGUGA